GAGAAAGACCAAGGCUCUAAUCGGUACGGACACUCCGUUAAGAGGUAUUACUUUUCGCAAAAAGCACAGAAAAACCAUGGUCGAAGAGUACUUGAAGCACGUGAUGGAUGAGGGAAAGACGGAGGUGGCCAAAGACCGGCAGCUGAAACUCUACUCGAACAGUUCGAGCGACCGUGGAGCUCGCUGGAACUACAUAAGGGAUUUCGAACACCAAGCCACAUUCGACACGAUUGCGAUAGGAAUGGACAAGAAGCAAGACAUCAAAGACGACCUGAUCACUUUUUCGAAUUCAAGAGAGUUCUAUCGGAGGAUUGGAAAGCCAUGAAAGAGGGAAUAUCUCCUGAACGGCGAUCCCGGAACAGGCAAUUCCACGAUGAUUGCAGCCAUGGCGAAUUUGUUGAAUUACGAUGUGUAUGAUCUCGAAUUAACAGCAAUUUCAAGCGAUGCCGAUUUAAAGAGGCUGUUGAACAGAACGCCCGGCAAUUCUAUCGUCGUGAUCGAAGACGUAGAUUGCUCGAGCAAAAUUACAGUUCAGAGGGAGAUCGAGAAGCUGAAAGGCGACGAAAAGGAAAAGAUAAUAGAGAGAGUGACGCUCUCUGGACUCUUGAAUUGCCUCGACGGGCUCUCCUCGGCGAACGAGGGUGGCCGGUUGAUGGUGUCCACGACGAACCACGGCGAGAAUCUUGAUUGCGCGCUUUUUCGGCAGGGCCGAAUGGAUAAGCAUAUGGACUUGUCGUUCUACAGCCAGGACCGGCUCAAGGGUUGGUGGGGCCCUAGACGGCAGUCCGACAGCCGGCGGUGCUGUUGACGUGGAUUCCGCCGAUUCAUGCUUAAAAAACUUGAUCAAAGUUUUAGAGACGCAGUUGCAGGCGGAGGCGACUGAAGAGAAAGAGAUCAGGAGGACAAUAAUGACCCGCCCCAAAUAAUAAAGUCGGUGCGAGAGAACAGAUAUCACUGACUCACUCUUGAGUCCGCAGGUCUUUGCAUAUUUAGUUGUAAUUUUCGGUUUAAUCAGUUUGUCCUAGUGCUUCGUGCUUCGUGUUACUUGUACGUUGAAUAAAUUUUCCCUUGCCGCACUGCUUUCCCGGAAAGUAAAUUCAUGGAGAUGGGGACGACAGGGGAUUCAAGCCAGUGCUUGAUAGUCUGUUUGGUAGAUGAGAAUGUAGUAUGUAUUUGAUUAGUCUGUUUCGUAGAUGAGAAUGUUUGGUAAAAAUUGACAA